GGGAGGUGUUGCCGCAGAGUGAAAUCAAAGAUAUUUCAGAUCAAAUCUUCACAGAAAGAUGGGACGCAAAGUUACUUUAGCUACGUGCUGUCUGAAUCAAUGGGCAAUGGACUUUGAAGGAAACUUGCAGAGAAUUUUAAAAAGUAUUGCAGCAUCUAAAGAGAAAGGAGCCCGAUAUAGGUUAGGACCUGAACUAGAAAUAUGUGGAUAUGGUUGUGGAGAUCAUUUUUAUGAAUCUGACACAUGUCUCCAUUCAUUUCAAGUACUAUCUGAACUACUUCUAUCACCGAUAACUCAAGACAUUAUCUGUGAUGUUGGAAUGUAAGUUCAUAUGUAUAGACAUUAUGUAAUGCUUAAC